CUACAUUAAACUCAUCUAACGGCUACCAUGUGUCCAGGGGGAGGCAGUGACCCAGCAAAAUUUAAAGAUCUGACAAAGUCAAAUUAUUACAGUUCUAAGUUCUAACUAACAAAGGUCCACACAGUCUUCUUUCCUGCAAGGCAACUUCGACUCAAACUGCGAGAGACCAGAGAGCAGCCACCGUUAAUAUCACCGGAAAAGUUUUAAUGGCAAACACUACUAGCACCUCCGCCAUAGAUCCAAAAAGUGGCUUUUGCCGAUCAAAUUCAACGUUCUACAGCAAACGCAGACCUAUUCCUUUCCCUCCCAACCACUCCAUAGACAUUACUUCUUUCAUUUCCUCCCAGGCCCAUAAUGGCAAGACUGCCUUCAUCGACGCCACCACUGGCCGCCACCUCAGCUUCCCGGAGCUGUGGAAAGCCGUUGACUCUGUUGCUUCCUGUUUAUCUGACAUGGGAGUUCGAAAAGGCCACGUCAUCCUUCUCCUUUCUCCAAACUCUAUCUUCUUCCCUAUUGUUUGUCUCUCUGUUAUGUCUCUUGGCGCUAUAAUCACCACUACCAAUCCUCUCAACACUCCUCGUGAAAUCGCUAAACAAAUCGCUGACUCUAAGCCAAAACUCGCCUUCACUGUCCCACUGCUCGUCCCUAAACUCACUGAGUCCAACUCGAAUCUUCCAAUUAUCCUCAUAGACGACGAGGAUGAAUACAAACACAAACACUCCAGCAAAAACAAAACCAAAAUUCUUACGAGUUUAACAGAAAUGAUGAGGAAGGAACCGAGUGAUAGCCGAUUGAAAGAGCGAGUCAGCGUGGAUGACACCGCCACUCUACUCUACUCUUCCGGCACAACCGGAGAGAGCAAAGGCGUGGUUUCCUCUCACCGGAAUCUAAUUGCUAUGGUUCAGACAAUAGUCGGACGUUUCAACGAAGACAGAGAGCAUAGGUUCAUCUGUACCGUCCCUAUGUUUCACAUCUACGGUCUGUCAGCUUUCGCGGCGGGACUAUUAGCGUCAGGAUCAACGAUCAUAGUUCUCUCGAAGUUCGAGAUACAAGAAAUGUUAUCAUUGAUUGAGAGAUACCGUGCUACCGAUCUGCCGCUAGUCCCGCCUAUUCUGAUGGCGAUGAUCAACGGUGCUGAUCAAAUGAAGUCAAAGUAUGAUUUUAGUUCGUUGAAAACGGUUCUGUCUGGAGGGGCCCCACUUGGUAAGGAAGUGAUCGAGGGGUUUGCUGAGAAGUAUCCAACGGUUAGGAUUCUUCAGGGCUAUGGGCUGACUGAGUCGACGGGCAUUGGUGCUUCAACGGAUACGUUAGAUGAGAGUAGAAGGUAUGGUACGGCGGGGCUUUUGUCGCCGAGUAUGGAGGCGAAAAUUGUGGAACCGGAGAACGGAAAAGCUUUGACGGCUAACCAGACCGGUGAGCUUUGGCUAAGAGGCCCUUCCAUCAUGAAAGGGUACUUCAGUAAUGCUGAAGCUACAUCAUCGACUCUUGAUUCAGACGGUUGGCUAAGAACUGGAGAUCUAUGUUACAUUGAUGAUGAUGGCUUUAUUUUUGUAGUUGAUCGGUUGAAGGAACUUAUUAAAUACAAGGGAUAUCAGGUUCCCCCAGCAGAACUAGAGGCAUUGCUGCUUACUCAUGCAGAAAUUUCUGAUGCUGCUGUUAUACCGUUUCCUGACAAGGAAGCUGGGCAGGUUCCGGUCGCGUAUGUAGUAAGAAAGGCCGAAAGUAAUUUAACAGAGAGUGCCAUCAAAGAUUUCGUGGCAAGACAGGUGGCUCCAUAUAAGAGAAUCCGAAGGGUCACAUUUAUUGCUGCCAUACCAAAGAAUCCAUCCGGCAAGAUUCUAAGGAAAGAUUUGAUCAAGCUCGCAACCUCUAAACUUUGAAUGGUUUGAGCUUGCGACAACAUGUCUUUAGAAUAAUGAAGAACUAUCACGUCACUAUUUUCAUUUUCGUAGCUCUGCUAUCUACAUAUUCUGCAUCAUUUUUUUCAAGGCAAACCGCAUAUUUGGAUCCCUGGAUUUGUCUUCUUUUUGGCGUUCAAUCCCUGCAGUUCUAUAUGUCAAUAUUGAGUCUCUGCCCUUUUAAUUUUGUAGAUAUUAGGUCCCUCCAUCAGGAAAUAAAGUGCGUGUAAUUCAUGCGCCGUUAGUGCGACUGGGAUGAGUUUUUUUAUCCGUUUUCCUACUUUAACUUUCGUAAAAUGUACUCAUGCACUUUUAUUUUGGUUGACGUUAAGUCCUUUUUUGGUAUGAAUUGACACCUUUAACGCUUUUUGUGAUGGAGGGAUCCAAUGUCUAUAAAAUUAAAAGUGUUAAGACUCAAUGUUCACAAAUAGAAGUGCAUGAAUCCAAUGCCAAAAACAGAAUAAGUAUAGGGACCAACAUAUGCGUUAUUGCCUUUUUUUCAAUCGACAAAAGUGAAAAACUUGCAUUUUUAGAAUUUGCAACCUGGUUGCUCUGUAUGAUAAUCUUAUUGUCUGAACACUCAUUCUAAUUUACAAGCUAGAGUAUGGACUGAAUCACUCAGCAUCCAGCUCUACAAAACUGUGGAUGCACAAGCACCUUGACUAUGGCAACGAAAAAGAAUAAAGAACGGAAGAUGAAAUGCCUCAGCAAGUAUUCAUGGAGCUGAAGAAAGCAUUUUCAACUUCUGGAUAAGGAUUAUUCUUUAGCAGUGUGAAAAUGUAUUCCAAGAAUUCUUCCUCACACGGAACCUGCAGCGGCCCCUGAGCCCUAGUUCCGAACUCGUCUUCAGCCAUUUCAAGUAAGACUCUGAAAAUGGGAUGGUUCAAAUACUCUACAGGCACAACAAACCUCUUGCCUUCCUUGGUGUAAACAGCAAAAUGUCCUUUCUUUCUCUUGCUGAUCCAUUUAUGCACCAUUUGGCUUAGCAUUUUAUAAGAACUCUUCUUCAUGUACUAUAAUUUUAUGUUUGUGUUAAAGAUUUUAGCAGGCUCGAAGAAUUGAAUGAUUUGCAUUGAAAUGUAAAUGGUGGUGGUUUGUUGA